AUGCCCACAGUUAUGAAGACUACCGAGAACACAGCCGCAGCCCCUCAGCAGCCCAACCCGCCCGCAUCCGCCACAGCUGCAGCGCGCGAGACCAAGUCAGGAGACGAUAGCAGCCUUUUGGGAAAGGGAAAGAAGCUUCUGGGGCUAGGCAAGAAAAAGGGGACCGAAGAGGAUAAGCAAGCCACCGAAGACGCAAGAGCGACUGUCCCCUCGACCACAGCGACCACACUGCUUCCCUCGCCGCCCAUGUCACCACCCGAACGACGAGCGUCGCCGCGAGGCAGUCCGCGUAUGCUGCCAAUUGGCGCCUCUCCUGGCCGUCGCAUUCGCUCCACGUCGCCCGGCCUCCACAGCCCAGCAUCGUCACUAAUCUUCGAGCGCAACGUGCAAGAGCCCGAGCCUUGUGCGGACGUGCCUGCGCAUAUCUUGACCGAAGACCAUAUACCACCUGCGCUGGACGCGACAUCAUUGGCCAUUACCGACAACCACCUGAACCCCGACGAGGUGGAGAUUGUAACGCACUCUGCCCACCAGCCAGUGGCAGUGGCAGUCGCGGGCAGCAUGAACGAUUCACUACACUCGCCGCAUCUCCCCCACGAGGAAUCCGUGACUUCAAGCCAUGCCGAGUUCUCCGAGACAGCGCCCGGCUACGGCUCACUGGACACGGCUGACCCACGUCGCUUGAGCUUUAUUUCUUUUGCAGACGUGGUGCAAGCUGAACACGUGGAGCACGACAGACAAGACGUCUUUGGUACCACGUCUGGCGAGGCCCUGCAGUUUAUGAGCCUAUCGUCGACGGCAAACCGUUCGCCAUCGCCAGUGCGGUCUGCAGCCUCUUCGCCCCCAACGACGAGCGGCGCAGCCUCACCCAAGCACGCGGACCUGGGACGCACACGCUCUCCAGCCAGCCCUACGUCUCCCAUUGUGCUCGGCAACGCAAACCCAGCAAUGGGAGAAGAGCUGCCGGUGCAGAUUGAGACGAUGCGACAGGCGUUGCGCAAGACGCACUCUGGCGAUCUGAGUGGUGCGCGCUCGCAGCCAUUGAGCGCAGCGAGCAUCGAGGAAAGCGCAGCCGAUAAGCCGCCGUUCAAGUAGAGCACCGGCGGAAGCAUUGACGCAGGACAAGUGAUUUCUUUUUUGUUUCAGUUAUAGCAAUGUUGGGAGCUCAUAGGCAGGCAGUGGAGCUUAUUGGUUGGUUCAGAUAUCCAUACGGCGAUUAUUUUUUUACGACUGGGUUGUUCUUCAGAGUUGGAGGUUGGGUGCCUCAGGCAUGGGCUGCCACACGGGUUUGAUGCGCCCUGGUAUGUGCAGCUUGCAGCUCUAUGCGCGCUAAUCCAUGAAUUGAUUCUGCUAUUCGACGA